AUGGGAUUGCUACAAAAAGUUUCAUCUGGGGAAGCUUUGCCUGAGGAUGGAACGGAUAAUUUGGAUGGCAGUGGAAGCGUAGUUGAUGGUGUGAGUCGCUGUUUAUUUGGAGAGUCCGUCUCUCUUUCUUCCGGAGAAUUUAGGGUUAAGACCUCAUUGGAAGGAUUGGAAUUGUUUGGCAGCAGUUCAUGUGGGCCGCAAACAGUAGAUGCUGCCACUGGUUUUCAUCGUGUCUCAAGCUUCACUUUUAGGGACAGGAUUACCUCGUCAUUGGCUGGCACAAAGGAUCCUCACAGUACUCCUGCCUCUAGAAUUGUUGGUUUUGAAUCUACUGCCAAUGUGAAUAAGCUCCGUGAAGUUGUUGGAACAAUAGGCAUUUGUAAUACAAACAACAGUUCUAUUCAUAACGGUGCUGUUGGUGCCAUUUUGGAUGAGAAUGAGUUUGAGGGAUCGUUAGUUAGGAAACGUUUAUUGUCCCCCUUGAGCAAUACACUUUUACCUGAGCAGUUCAGCGGUGAACCUUUAGACAUUGGUAAGAGCACUUGUCAGACUAAUUCUCAUUCUGCAGGUGGCUGUUAUUCCCCUCAUGUAGGGCAGGAUUUUAAAAAAGCAAACAUUGGUAGAAAGAAACAUUCCAAUUCGCAGGUUUCUCCCUUGCCCGAAUUUUCUUGCCAGAAUGAGAAAUGUGCUGCUUACUAUAAUCAAGAUGACUCGUUUUGGUUUACAGAUGGCCCAGUGCUAGAGGAGAAGGAGGUGACCCCACUCGGUUGCCUCCCUUCAUCUGGCCUUGAUUGUUUAGGAGGAGGAUUGUGGAAUGUUAGAUCAUCGGCUUUGGAAGUACCAAACCUCACACAGAAUGAUAUUGCUUCUCCUCUUUGUUUGUCUCCUCUUCGUCCUAAACUUGAAGCAAAAGUGAGCGUCUCUCAAAAAGGGCUAAAUGUUGGAAAAGAAACGAGGAUCUUGGAAACCUUUGAGUGUCCUUUCAAGGAGGAUGCAUCUAGUAGGAUCAUGUCCUGUUGCAGAGAAGAGGAUUGUGGGAUACCAAGCACCUCGUAUGAUGAUGAUUUUGGGUUUCUCAAAAGUGGUAUGCAAUCAUCAUCAAUCGAAGCUCAUUCUGGAAAGAGUUGGCCUCUUUGUCAAGAGCUUGGGACAUCAUCAUCCAAUUGCAUGAAAUUUUGUAGAAGCUUGAGGGGAUUUCCUGUUAGAAGAUCAUUGGUUGGUUCAUUUGAAGAAUCACUACUGUCUGGUCGGCUUCCUACUGGAAAGCUCAGUCAGAUAAUAGGCGGAUUUCUUGCUGUCCUUAGCAUAAGUGGGGGCAAUUUUUCUCCUAAAGCACAGAAACUUCCUUUCUCAGUUGUCAGUGUUGAUGGAGAUAAUUUACUGCUCUACUAUGCAUCCAUCAACCUUGCGGGAAAUUCACAAUCGAACAACAGGGGGCACAUUGUCGGAGCUGAUGGGGAUGAUUCAAUCAAAAGCAGCAAGAGCCAUCUACGCAUUCCUGUAAAGGGGCGGAUACAAUUGGUGUUGAGCAACCCUGAGAAGACACCUGUCCACACUUUCCUUUGCAACUAUGAUUUGGGUGAUAUGCCUGCUGGUACCAAGACUUUCUUGCGUCAGAAAAUGACCUUGGCCUCUGCGGGGUCAAAUACCGCCUGUCAAAAGGAGAGACCGGAAUACGCAGACAUGACACUGGAGGGAAAGGGGAGUUCAGGAGGACAAAUGAGUGACCUUGAUGCUGCUACUGACAGAAAGGGAGUUACAUGUCAGAGUUGUAAUAAGAAAUGCAGCGAGAUUGAUGGAAAAGCUCAACAACAUCCUUGUUCAAAAGUGAACGGGAAUACUACCUGUGCUGGUUCUCUGCGUUAUGCACUUCACCUUCAUUUUCUGUGUCCACCGCCCAAAAAAAGUACAAAAUCUGCUCACAUUCGCCCACUGGAUUCUCUAUCACCCAUGGCACAAAGUAGCAUGAAACAGAACAAAGAUGGAAGGCGAUUCUAUCUAUACAAUGAUAUGAAGGUGGUUUUCCCUCAGAGACAUUUAGAUGCUGAUGAGGGCAAGUUGAAGGUUGAAUACCAUUUCCCAGGAGAUCCCAAGUACUUCGACAUUAUCAGCUGA